UCAUCAUCAUCAUCAUCAUUACAAAUAUGGAAAUUAUUAUCAUCGAUAAUUUUAUUGAUAUUCAUUAAUUAUAUUGAUUGUCAAUCAAUUACAUCAUCAUCAUCAUCAUCAUCAUUACCAUAUCGUCAUGGUUUAGCAAGGUAUUAUCAUCAUCAUCCAUCAAGAUCACCAUUAUCAUCACCUAGAUCAUCAUCGAAUAUAAUACAUAAUUCAUAUCCAUUAUCAUCAACAUUUACAUCAUAUUCAAUAACAUUACCUGUUCAUCAACAGCAACAACAACAAUCAUUAAAUAUUGAAAGACAAUAUGGACCAUAUCAGCAAAGUUAUUAUCAACCGCCACCAUCACCACCAAAUUAUCAACCACAACCACAAUAUUGUCCAGAAACUGGUCGUACUGUAUGUUCAAAAGUUCCUUAUUAUCCAUCGGAUGAAGUAUUUUUAUUAAUAAAAAUGGCCAAAGCAAAACGUUUUAAUAUUUCAUCAGAAUUUAUUGAUGAAAGUGAAAAUGAUAGUGAACCAUAUUUUGAUGAUGAUUUUGGUGAACAAUAUGGUGAUAUUUAUACAAAAUAUCCAUAUUCUGAGCCAUAUAAUAAUUAUCAUAAUCAACAAACGCAACCACAACAUCCACCACUUUCACCUGGUCAUCAAUACCAGCAACAACAAAGACAACAACAGCCAUAUCGAUAUCGUAUGAAUUCGAUUAUCAUAAAUCAUGAACAACCACAACAUCCAUCAAUCGUACAACAUUAUCAUAAUUUAGAUUGGAAAUAUAUUCGUAAUAUAAUACCAUCAUCGAAUCAUCAAAGAUAUUCAAUGAUUAAUAAUAACCACAAUAAUAAUAAUAAUAAUAAUCCAAUCAAUGGUGGUGAUGGUACGAUACAAUCGAUUAAUUCAAAUUCCGGAACAAUCGAUACGAACAAUAACAAUCAUAAUUCAAUAAAAUCAAUGUAUUCUCAUAAUGGUGAUCAUAAUCAUCAUCAAUCUUUUUCAAAUAAUCAUUAUAAUAAUCAUCAAAAUCCGAAUGGUGGUAAUCAAAAUCAUAAUGGUCAUAAUGGUGGUCAUUCACGUUAUAAACGACAAGCAGAUGAAACAUCCAUUUCAAUUGAACCAUUAUGUCCAUCACGUACAAUAUUAUUAGAACCAAAAGCAGCAUUAAAUGAUCGUCGUCAAUGGAAAUAUGUUGUUAAUAUUGCUGAUCGUGAUCGUCGUUUAAGACAGGCAAUUAAAGUUGAAGUUUGCAUGACACCAAAUUCACCAUGUUCAAAUCAAAUAUCAUUAUCAUUUGGUUUUGUAUCCAGAUGUCGACAAAAAUAUAUAAAGAAAAAAUUAUUAUCAUUAGAUGAAUCUGGUCAAUCGAUAUCGAGUGAAAAUUUUUUCGCACCAUCAUGUUGUGUUUGUGAAGUAACCAGAGAUGGUAAUUCACCAAUAUCACCAGCCAAUAUUCCAACAUCAUCAUCAUCAAAUUUAGAUACAGCAUCCAUUGCUACAGCUGCUGCUUCUGCUGCUGCUGCAGCAGGAUCAACAAUUUCAGAAACAACAACAACAAAAAAACGAAUCAAUGAUAGUAAACGUAAACCAUUAUUAUCAAUGGAAAAAUUUGAUAUCGAUCGUUUACAAUCGGAUGCUCCAUCAUUACCAUCAACAACGAAAACAAUCAAUCAAAAUGAUAAUAGAAAAACAAGAAAUAAUAAUAUUGAUCAAAGAAAAGGAAUCAAAAUUUAGACCCAAAAAAAAAUCCAAAUAACGAAAUGAUAUAAUAGUGAACAUUAUUGGUGGACAUAUUCACCAAAAAUAUCCACCGAUCAACUGAAUAUUUUAUUUUUUUCUUGUACGUGGUUAUAAUUUAUUCCGAAUGAAAUUGAAACCAGGAAAAACAAACAAACAAACAAAAUGGUCAUCGAAUCACC